AAGAUGCUGGAGAUGUCAGUGGACAAAGAGGCUGUUGAACUAGGGGAGAGUCCAUUUGAAAACACUGCUGUCCAUCCAUCCCACCUGCACUCAAAACUUUCUGGGAAUGACACUAAUGUCCCUGAAAAACCUGAAAUAAUGUCUAAAAACCCCCACAAUGAAGAUGACACCAGUAUUAACUGUCCACCUGUUGUACCGGUAGAAAAGUCAAACAACAUGUCUAACACAACAGAACAGGACGCCAGAGACAGUUCAACAAUGGGGGCUGAGUCUUCUCUUCCCUUGGAAUCCAAAAAUGGCCUCCAGCUGCCUAAACCUCAUCCGCCUCCAUGCCAACCGCAUCAACAACGAUUUAACAAGCGUCGAAGUAACACGAUCAACGCCAGCUUCAAACACCCCAUUUUUGGCAAACGGCGACGGCGCUCCAACUCGGAGACCGAGUCAGUCCUGCCCACCAACUUCCUGUUGGGAGGGAACAUCUUUGACCCUCUGAAUCUCAACAGCUUGCUGGACGAGGAGGUGAAUCGGGCGCUCAAUGCCGAGACGCCAAAAUCUUCACCCUUGCCAGCCAAAAGCCGAGACCCAGUGGAAAUCCUCAUUCCAAGAGACAUAACAGACCCACUUAAUUUAAACUGCUGUUCAACAGGGGAUGGGGGGCGACUGAUUUCCCCUCUCAAGGCUGGGGGAAGGAGGAGACAUCGCAAUAGGCAUCAUGGAGGAGGUGGAGGCAUAGGAGGAGGUGUCAAAGCGGAUGCAGAAGGAGCCCUGACCCGGUCCGACGUGGUGGAGUCAGACCAGAGGAAGCCCAGUGAAGGAGGUGAUGUUUCCCAGCAAACGGAGCAGAGAGGAGCUUCACUAUCAGGCAUCAAAGCCAGUGCAUUGGACCGGUCGUCAGAGGAGAUGAAGAACAGACCAGCUCCACUACACUCAGUCCCCAUGGCACAAGCCCAGUGCGCUAACAAUCCACCACUUUUCCCGUCCGCCGGUGGACAAGAUGAAGAGGAGGAGAGGAGACCGAGAGAACCGGUCGUUGUGGCCUCUGAAACCUCAACUGCUCCUGUGUCCUCCUCCACAAGAACAAACGCUCCACACAGUCUGACGUACCGCCAGCGCAAACGGAAACACGUCAACGCCGGCCAGCCGUUUGAACCCGCGGCAAAGCGAGGGCCCAGCGGACGGGGGAGGGGCGCACCGCACACCCCACAGACGGGGGCCAACUCUGUCCCCGUGGGUGGGCGGGGCCGGCGGCAGAAAAAGACGUUUCAGUACGGAAACUACAACAAGUACUACGGUUACCGCAACCCCGGUGCCUGCGAGGACCCACGGGUCAGGGUUCUCAAACCCGAGUGGUUCAGAGGGAAAAGCGUCCUGGACCUGGGCUGCAACACGGGUCACCUCACGCUGACCAUCGCCAAGAACUGGCGUCCGGCGCGGAUCGUCGGGCUGGACAUCGACGGAGAGCUGGUACACGCCGCCCGACAAAACAUACGACACUACCUCUCUGAACUUCAGACACAGGAGGCCAGACACUGCGGAGGGGAGGAGGAGGCAGAGAAAGAGAGGGCAGGAGUGGAGGGAAACGAGAGGAGGAAGAAUGGAAGGAGCGGUGUGGAGGAGGAACAGAAGGCUGAGGAGAAGGAGACUGUGAAGCAGGACGCGGAGAGCGAUAAAAAGAGGGAUGGAGAGAGUCACAAUCUGUCCUUUCCCGUGUCUCUCCGAAUUUCUAGGGGACCUAUUGCCGCCCCCCCUCUACCUAACACCCCCUCACCCCCACCAGGAAACUUCCCUGCCAAUGUGUUCUUUGUCAAGGGGAACUAUGUGUUGGAGAGUGACCUGCUGCUGGCCACUCAGAAGGAGGAGUAUGAUGUGAUUCUGUGUCUGAGUGUGUCUAAGUGGGUCCACCUCAACUGGGGAGAUGCUGGUCUGAGGCGGCUGUUCCAGCGUGUCUACAGACACCUGAGACCUGGAGGACUCUUCAUCCUGGAACCACAGCCCUGGACCUCCUACAGCAAGAGAAAGAGACUGACGGACGCCAUCUAUAAGAACUACUGCAGCAUCCGCUUCAAACCAGAGCAGUUCCCCUCCUACCUGACAUCAGAGGUGGGAUUCAGUAGUUACGAGCUCAUUGGAACUCCUAAAAGUUCAUCUCAAGGUUUUCAGAGACCGAUAUACGUCUUUCACAAAAGACCCUCGUCUCAAAACUGA